GCAGAGCAUUCACCACAUCUGCGCCAGACACAGCGAGCGAGGACUAACGUGCGCACUGACGCCUCUACGGAACGUUUAACUUUAAUGGGAGAAAGCGACAUUUUUCUUCCAAGACAGCCAAGUCACACGACUGGAACCUUACUGCACAAAUGAAAGGGAAACAUCUUGACAAUAUGCACUGCUUCCGUGACUCCAGUGACUGCCUGAGAGAGCAGAUGCAGUACAUGAUGCGCUCCCUCCAAGACCUCAAAAACCUGCGGAGAACUUGCAUCGACACCCCGAGACGUCCUCUGUCCCAAAUCUCUCAAAUCACCAAUGUCCAGUUACCGGCUCUGGCCCGCCACGCCGCACUGGCCCGUGCUUGUCAACAAAAAGCCAUCCAACGAGAGCAACGUGCACAAUUUCGCAUGUCGGACGCUAGCUCCAGCACGUACGACUCCGCGUGCUGUUUGGCUAGCCCGUUAGAGGAGGAGGAUGAGGAGGAUGAGGAGGAUGAGGAGGAGGAUGAUGCUAGCAUUCGACUUAGCUUAAGCUUGGAUCUGAGCACGCCCAGUAGCCACCGGAGUUUGGACUUGGACUCUGGUUAUUCGGAAUCAUCUUGGCAAGAGGACACGGUUGUGCUUCGGCGAACAAGAAACGUACGUGUGUCUUCUUCUGCUUGUCUACGUACCAACAGAGCCCCUAGUGGUCGGAUAAGGCCAAAAUCGACUUCCGAUGUUUGCUUGGAAAGUUGGUUUGGUCUCACUGAAGAUUGGACAAAUUCUUUGCUAACGCGAGGACGUAACAGGCAACCGCUAGUCUUGGGGGAUAACAGUUUCGCGGACUUGAUUCAAAACUGGAUGGAGUUGCCAGAGUGUCCAGAUUCUGCAGAAGGAAAACAGGCUUCGAGAAGGACUGGUAAAGGGUUUUUCGUCAACAUGCGAAGGAAGUUGACGGGGUUUUCGAAAAGCGUGGAGGAAAGGGUGAAAAUGAGGCCGCACGAAGAAGAAGAAAGAGCUAAGAGAACGGCUAACGCUAACAAACGCAUGUCUUGUCCAGUCGAGCAAAGUAAAACACCAUUUUUCCAUCAGUCUCUAUCAGGUAUUAACGAACUGGACACUGGCUUCUACCACUUUGCUGGUUUGAUGAAGUCGGGGAAUCGGCAGCCAAUCAUAUGCAAGGACAUUAUUGGCUACGUUUGACUGAAUCUCACGCAAAUAUAACGGACAAUGCAUAGAGUCACUUUAUUUUUGUACCACAUUCCUCACACGUUUUAUUAUUACUAUUAUACUGUGAUGCAGUUAUUGUCAAUAAAGACUAUUUAAACCUAUA